AUGAAUUUUGUAAUGAAAGCUGCGAUGGGAGGUGGCCCUCCCGAUGUGGGGAAGAUGUUGGGGGGAGAGGAGAAGGAGGAGGACCCUGACGCAGCCAAGAAAGAAGAGGAAAGGCAGGAGGCACUCCGGCAGCAGGAGGAGGAGAGAAAGGCCAAAUACGCUAAGAUGGAGGCAGAGAGAGAGUCCAUGAGGCAAGGCAUCAGAGACAAGUAUGGUUUGAAAAAGCGUGAGGUGGUGGAUGCGGAGGCCGCGGCUGCCGCAGAAGAACCAGCGGCGGGGAGCUUGACUCGGCCCAAACAGGCGGUGCCCAAAGGCUGUGGUGACGAUGAGGAGGAGGAGAGCAUCAUGGACACCGUUGUGAAGUACCUGCCAGGCCCCCUGCAGGAAAAAGUGACUGGGUGGCUCAAAUGA